AUGGCGCUCGACGAGUACUACCACAACAAGAUCGAGGCUAUGAAGCUUGAGAUUCUCAAGGGACAAGCCGCGCUUCGUCGUCUUGAAGCUCAGAGAAAUGAUUACAACUCCCGCGUGCGAUUGUUGAGGGAAGAGCUGGGUCUGUUGCAACAGCCUGGUUCCUAUGUCGGAGAAGUCGUCAAGGUCAUGAGCACCAAGAAGAUUUUGGUCAAAGUCCACCCGGAGGGCAAAUAUGUGGUCGACGUUUCGGAUAGUGUUGAUAUUGGCAAGCUCACACCAGGAAAGCGAGUCACACUCCUGUCUGACAGCUACAAACUCGAGAAGAUGCUCCCCUCCUCCGUCGAUCCUCUCGUCUCUCUCAUGAUGGUAGAGAAGGUUCCCGACAGCACAUACGACAUGAUUGGUGGUUUGGACCAGCAGAUCAAGGAGAUCAAGGAGGUUAUCGAACUUGGUCUCAAGCACCCCGAGCUUUUUGAGUCUCUUGGAAUUGCACAACCCAAGGGUGUCCUGCUAUACGGCCCUCCCGGUACUGGAAAGACACUACUGGCACGAGCUGUUGCUCACCACACUGCCUGUAAAUUCAUCCGAGUGUCAGGUUCCGAACUGGUUCAGAAGUACAUUGGUGAGGGUAGCAGAAUGGUGCGAGAACUCUUCGUCAUGGCUCGAGAGCACGCCCCAUCCAUUAUCUUUAUGGAUGAAAUCGACAGUAUUGGUUCCUCACGAGUGGAGGGUUCUUCAGGAGGAGAUUCCGAAGUCCAGCGAACUAUGCUUGAGUUGCUUAACCAGCUCGAUGGUUUCGAACCCACUAAGAACAUCAAGGUCAUCAUGGCCACCAAUCGUCUCGACAUUCUCGACCCUGCACUCCUGCGCCCAGGACGUAUCGACCGAAAGAUCGAGUUCCCCCCACCCAGCGUCGAGGCCCGAGCGGAUAUUCUCCGCAUUCACAGUCGCAAGAUGAACCUCACCCGUGGUAUCAACCUCACCAAGAUCGCGGAAAAGAUGAACGGGUGCUCUGGUGCUGAGUUGAAGGGUGUGUGUACGGAAGCAGGCAUGUACGCUCUCCGAGAGCGAAGAGUGCACGUCACACAAGAAGAUUUCGAGCUUGCCACGGCAAAGAUUCUCAACAAGCACGACGACAAGGAGGUGUCUCUUGGUAAGCUUUGGAAGUGA